AUGCCAUCUCGUGCCACCGAAAAGGUCACUAAAAAGAGUGUCAAGGUUAAGGCCUCAAAGGAUGCGGCGAUGAAGGAUGCUUCUUCAUCUGAUUCCUCCGAUUCUUCCUCCGAUUCCGAUUCCGAUUCCUCCUCCGAUUCCGAUUCCUCCUCUGAAUCUGAAGCUGAAGCCAAGGAAAAGAAAACUGAGAAGGUUAGAAAGAAUUCCUCUGACUCUUCCGACAGUUCUUCCGACAGUUCUUCUGACAGUUCUUCAGACUCUGACUCCGAUUCUGAUUCCGAGUCUGAAGGUGAGAAGGUUGAAAAGAAGGAUACAAAGAAAGAGGACUCCUCCUCUGAUUCUUCUGAUUCUUCUGAUUCUGACUCCGAAUCUGAAGAGGAGAAGAAGGAAACCAAGGAAGACUCUUCUGAUUCUUCCUCCGAUUCUUCCUCUGAUUCCUCUUCUGAUUCCGACUCAGACUCAGAAUCUGAAGCCGAAGUCAAAAAAGUGAAGGUUGAAAAGAAAAAGAAGGAGGCCAAGGAGGAAGAGUCAUCCUCUGACUCCUCUGACUCCUCUGAUUCUUCCUCCGAUUCUUCCUCCGAUUCUUCAUCUGAUUCGUCUUCUGAUUCCGACUCCGACUCUUCUUCUGAAUCAGAAGCCGAAAAUAAGGAAGAGAGCUCUGAAAAGAAGGAUGAAGAUGUUGUCAUGAAGGAUGUUUCUGAUUCCGACUCCUCUGAUUCCGAUUCCUCUGAUUCCGACUCUUCUGACUCUGACUCUGAAACUGAAACUAAGGUUGAGAAGAAGGAAGAGGCUAAGUCAGACUCUUCUGAUUCUUCUGACUCUGAUUCAUCAUCUGAUUCUGAUUCCUCUUCUGAUUCCUCUUCUGAUUCUGACUCUUCUGAUUCUGAAUCAGAAACCGAAACUAAGGUUGAGAAGAAUGAGAAGAAGGUUGAGAAGAAGGAAGAGGCUAAGUCUGAUUCUUCUGACUCCUCUGACUCUGAUUCAUCAUCCGAUUCCGAUUCCUCUUCUGAUUCCUCUUCUGAUUCUGACUCUUCUGACUCUGAAUCAGAAACCGAAACUAAGGAAGAGAAUAGGGUCGAAAAGAAGGAAGAGGCUAAGUCUGAUUCUUCUGAUUCUUCCUCCGAUUCUGAUUCUUCAUCCGAUUCUGAUUCUUCCUCUAAUUCUGAUUCCUCUGAUUCCUCCGACUCUUCCUCUGAUUCUUCUUCCGACAGUGACUCUGAUUCCUCCGACUCUUCCUCUGAUUCUUCUUCCGACAGUGACUCUGAUUCCUCUGACGACGAAACCACUAAGAAGAGAUCUCACGAAUCCUCCGAAGCUUCUACUCCUGGAAGCGAAGAACCAGCUACUAAAAAGACUAAGGUUGCUGAAUCCUUCACUUCCACUGCUUCAAACUCCAACGACGACGAAGUUAUCUCUGCUGGCGAAGAACCUGAAUUAAAAGAAGGUCAACGUAAGCACUUCUCCCGUAUUGAAAGAUCCAAGAUCUCUUUCGAAAACCGCGCUUUGACUGAUAACACAUACAAGGGCGCUGCUGGUACUUGGGGUGAAACGGCUAACGAAAAGUUGGGUAUGGUCAGGGGUAAGGAUUUCACCAAGGGUAAGAACAAGAUGAAGAGAGGCUCUUACAGAGGUGGCUCUAUCACCAUGAAUUCUGGCUCUUACAAGUUCAAGGACUAG